AUGGAGAUAACGGAAGAUGGUUAUUCGCGGGAUGAUUCUCACCCGACGGCACCGUUUAAUGAUGGCGGUGAAGACUCCUUUUUGAGCUCUAACUUUUUAUUAGAUACUGUUGGAGAGAUAUUUCUCACCCAGAAUUCAGAUGGGCUGUCUUGGCAAUUGGUUGAAUCUUUGAAUGAUGAAAAAGAUGAGAGAUGGACCGAAAUUAAGUUUUCUGAUGUUUAUGCUGUUGAGUUCCUUGGAUGGGGUUUGGUGCAUGGGCCAGUUCUCGGGGCCAGAGAAUGUAUUUUGGGUCAUUCAGCUCAGAUGUAUCGGUUUACAGUGCAUGCUGUCCAGAGUUCAAAGAACCUUCCCUCUCUUUGGACCCCAUCUGUAUACACUUUUGGUCAUAAUAACUUGGAGAUCUGUAAGACUUGGGUUAAUCAAAUAAGUGCUUCUCUGGAUAUGGAAUCUAACCGACCUAAGAAUCUUCUGGUUUUAGUUCACCCAAGGAGUGGGAAAGGAAAUGGACUUGGAAUUUGGGAAGAAUUAGCUCCAAUAUUUUACCGGGCCAAAGUGAAAACAAAGGUGAUUGUGACACAGAGGGCAGGACAUGCACGUGAUGUAAUGACCUCCAUUACAAACAGGGAGCUUAGUUUCUAUGAUGGUGUUGUAGCUGUUGGUGGAGAUGGAUUCUUCAAUGAAAUUCUUAAUGGUCUUCUCUUGUCAAGGCAUAAAGCUUCAUAUCCACCAGAUCCUGGGGAUUCCAUCCAUCCUGUUGAAAUGGAGUUGAAUUCUACAAUUCAUAAUCCUGAGUUUUCUUUUCCAAACAAGCAGUUUAGAAUUGGGAUCAUUCCAGCUGGAUCUACUGACACAAUUGCGAUUUGCACCACUGGAGCUCGAGACCCUUUAACAUCAGCAUUGCAGAUUGUUCUUGGUAAAAGGGUGAACCUUGAUGUUGCUCAAAUUGUAAGAUGGAAAAUGACGCCUGCAUCGAUCAGCGAACCAUGUGUACGCUAUGCAGCUUCUUUUGCUGGGUACGGGUUCUAUGGAGAUGUUAUUAGAGAAAGCGAGAAGUAUCGGUGGAUGGGUCCUAAACGAUACGAUUAUGCUGGAACAAAGGUGUUCCUUCAGCUUAGGUCGUAUGAGGCAGAACUGAAUUAUCUGGAAGUUGAGUCAGAAAAAGAAAACUCAAGUCCAGAGGAAGAGCCCCCAGAAACCUCGACUAAGGCAUUUCGUUGCCUCCCUGCAAACUCUGAUGGGGUGAGUUGCCGUGCAAACUGCGGUGUAUGUAACACAAAAGGUGUUGACGCAUUGGUUGGGCCCUCCUUCCCCCUUCCAAACUCGAAAGCAUCAAGAUGGUUGACGUCCAAAGGACGUUUUAUUAGUGUUGGUGCUGCUGUUAUCUCUUGCCGGAAUGAAAGAGCACCUGAUGGCCUGGUUGCUGAUGCUCACCUUUCUGACGGGUUUAUGCAUCUUAUAUUGAUUAAAGACUGCCCCCACCCGCAUUAUCUAUGGCACCUUAUUCAGCUUACAAAGAGAGGUGGGAACCCCCUGGAUUUUGAGUUUGUUGAACACCAUAAAACUCCUGCUUUCACAUUCACAUCUUUUGGAGAGGAGGGUGUAUGGAAUGUGGAUGGCGAGCUGUUUCUAGCCCACCGACUCUCUGCUCAAGUAUUUCGAGGCCUUGUUAGCUUGUUUGCAGGGGGGCCCGUAGCAUAG